AUGUCUGGCUUUAAGGUUGUUUAUGCCUGCCGAUUUUGUGGCAAUAUUAUCAGCUACAAAUCCUGCAAAGUGAAUGAGACGCCCUAUGAUAUUCUAUUGACCAGGACCUUCAACUUGAUACAAAAUGACAAGAUCCGAGUGACGAAUGGGGAGAUGUUCCAGAAUCUCCAUUGCUCCCAGUGUCGCGUGGAAUUGGGUCUUCUCUGCCUGAAGAGUGAAAAGAAUGCCCGGCUGAAGGGACUUUCGCUGCUUGAGAAGGUUCAUCUGGUGGUGUACGACUCCUAUGAGGUGCCAUUCGAAAUGCCAUCAGCCCAUGAUGACUGAUGGAGCGUGUAAAAACAAAGUUCCGCAGGAACAAU